AUGGAGAGCAUCACGAGCGACGCGGAGUGGAAGGCGCGCGUGGCGCCACUCCUCGCCAAGAUUGCUUUGGACGAUACCGAAGAUACGUGGGAGACUGUGUAUGAUGCGCUUGUAGAAUUUCAAACGCUCACAAAAUCGGGCGGCGCACGCGUCGCGGCGUACGUGCCGACGGUCCGCCGCAUCGCGCCGGACCUCACACGCGCCUUGCUCUCGGACCGCACCAAGCUGACGGGCGCCGCGUCGGACGUGAUUAAUUCCAUGGCGCCGCGCCUCGGCGACCGCUUCGCGGGCUUGCUGCCGAUGUUCUUUCCGGCGCUCGUCACGCUCUGCGCACGUUCCAACAAGGUCAUGGCGAAGCGCGCGGAAAAGAGCAUGCAGCUUAUCUGCCGCCACUGCCAGCUGCCAGGCGCCGUGCCGCACCUCGUGCGUGCAACGAACGACAAGAACACUGGCGUACGCGUCGCGGCCAUCGCGACGCUCAUCGUACUGGUCGAAUCAAGCUCGCCCGAACGGCUCGACAAACGCGUGCCGGAUAUCGAGCAGGUGCUGCGCGAGCACGCAGGCGAUGCGAGCGGCGAGGUGCGCCAGCUCUGCCGUACACUCUAUUCCCUCUAUGCCGCACAGUGGCCGCAGCAGUACGCACGGUGGGCGCCGAGCUUGCCGACGACCACGCAGCGGUACCUCGGCACGCCCGCGCCCGUGACGCUCGCGCAGAGCGUCGAGGCACGGCCCGCGCUGCCUAUGCGCAGCGUCUCGACGCCAAGCGCGCGUGCUCCUGCAACGACCGUGCCACAACGUGCGGUAUCCUACCAGCCCCCUCGUACAGCGGUGCGGCCCGAGGCGGCGCGUGCCACGGCGACGCACGCGCGCCACGCGCGUCAUGCGGCGACGGCAACGCCGCGCGAGGUGCGCCCAGCUCGCCAGGCGAGCGCGUCGCCGCCCCGGAGCGCGUCGCCUCCUGCCAAGCCAGCGCUUCAGGGGCCUGCGCUUCAGGAGCCUGCGCUUCCCGAGCCCCCCCGCCGCUUUGCGACGCCGAGCGAAGGCGUGGCGUACCGCCUGGCACUCGCGCAGCAGCAAGCGCGUGCGCGGUCCGAGCAGCGCGAUGCCACACGGCCGUCGCGCGCGCUGCUUCCUACGGCCACGACCGGCGCGGCGCGGCGUGUCAAGGUCGGCAAGUCGGAGCCGUCUGCGCGGGCGGCUUCGCCUCCUCCUGCAUCUCUGAGCCCACCCGUGCUCUCCACCACGCCCUCGCGCAAGCCCUACUCCGCGCUGCCCGAGCCGAGCGAAAAUCCUCUGUGCGCCGGCGCAGAGAAAAAAACAGACCCUCUGUGCGCCGCAUCCCCGGUGCACCGUGCGCAAUUUACCCCCCAGCGUCGUCCGUUUGGUGUGGUGAAUGACUCCCGGACCGAGAGCCCGUAUCAAGGUGAGCGGCCGUACGUCGCGCCUUUGUAG